UGUCGGCUAACCUUUUGAAAUCAAACUCAAGGUUGCGAAACUAAUACCGUAAAGAGAUUGGACUUUGGAGAAAUGUAAUAGUUAUCAAGCGGAAACCUGGACAGUCGCACGCACGCACGCGCCUCUUGUCGCCGUGGACUCACUGUCCACUCCGAUAACUUAUCACCAACAAGUUAUUUUUUUAAAUUUGCACUAAGUGUAGUUUAAGUGAAAUGUCGUCGUUAAUAGAAGAUGUUUGCGAUCUUUUGGACAGCUACAAUGGCAGAGAUAAGGUGGUCCGACUUGCUUGUUACACAUGCAAACUGUAUGGAUGUAUACAAGAUGAGAAGCCGUGGCAGACGGCCGGCUCCCGGCUAUCCUCUGCCAGAAUGAUGCUGCGACUGUUUGAUGACAUUCCCAUGAUCAGGCACACAUAUAACUAUGGCUUAGGGAGACAUGAGGCGACAACAACAGCGGCAUUCCUAGGCGUCCUCGCCAACAUCGUGGACCAAGCGUUCCUGCCCGUCGAGAAGGCGUGCUGGCUCUACGACGUGGGCGUGCUCAAGCUGAGCGACGACGCUGCGUACAAGCUAGAGACAUUCAGCACGGCGCUGUGGGCAGCUAGUCUGUUUAUAUCACUUAUACAAACAUCACGAUCAAUGCGAAAAUUAUGGUGGAGCCGGGAGUGUUUACAACGCGCGUCGGAAGAUGGCGGUGCCGACGCUAAAAAGAACUUGGAUGUAAGACUGGCGUUGGAGGCGAUAGUGACGGGCAAGUUGUGCCUGGACAUCACGCACGCCGUGUCCUGCCUGCCCGCCGGCUGGCUCUGGGGGGAACAGAUCGGCUCCACCAAGGUCGCCGCCAUAGCUACUACGUCAUCAGUGAUAGGCAUAGCUAUGUAUUUCGCCAAGAAACGGCUGUUGAAAACACGCGGAACGAUGUCGGCGGCUGUGAACGAGCUCUGUGACUUGCUGCAGGCGCACGCGAAUAGGGAUAAGGUGGUGAACGUCGUAUGCUACUCGCUGAAGCUAUGGGGCGCCACAGCCAACCGGCAGGAGCUGAUGACGGCGAGCGUCCGGCUGGCUGCCGCGCGCGCUUCUCUGAGGCUGUUCGAUGAUGCGAUUGUGCUGAAGACUGCGCUCAGCUACGGACUUGGGACUCAGGACGGUCCAUUCUGGGGCACGCUAGGCGUGGUCGGUAGUACAUUCACGCUGGCGUACCUGCAGCUGGAGAAGGUGACCUGGCUUAUCGACACCGGAGUCAUCACCGUCUCCAAGGAGGUCGACUUCAAAGUCAAGGCCGCGCACAAACUGUUCUGGUCGUUGUCAGCCUUCGUUGGAUUUAUCAGAUCACUUCGAAGCCUCCACUCUACAGCGAACGCGUUAAAACAUCCGGAGCCCACGAAAUGCGCGCCGGCGCGAUUCACGCAGGCCUCGCUCACCACCACUAAGUUACUCCUUGACACCAUCCACGCCGUCAGCUGGCUCCCGCCGGGCUGGCUGUGGGGCAGUGCUCUUACCACCAAGCAAGCUUCUAUCAUCGCCACCACGUCAGCUGUACUAGGUCUGGUGGUACAUUAUCAUGGGAAGAGGUUUUAACUCUCUCUUAGUGCGGGAGCCGUAAGAUAAAGUACCUUACUAUGAAGCUGCCAGUCCUAAAUACAGCGAAACGAGGCUACAAGCAACGGUGAAAUA